UACACUUCACUUCACUUCAACUCUUCAGAACAACAACAACAACAAGAACCAUCUCUUUAGUUAGUUAUUAAAACAAAUCAUCAAUCGAUCUAGUAUCAGUCGAUCGCAGAGAAAGACUAAACGAAAAAUCAAUCAAACGAACUUUUGAAAUCUAAUCUAUCCAUUCGUCAUCUCACAACUUAAUCAGUACUUCUUUACAUAAUCGAUUCAUUUUAACCUCAAUCUUAAAUCUGAUCUCAACUCCGAUCUGAUCCUAAACCAAAGAACUUCCCUUAUUGAUCUCAAGCAGUAUCAUCAUCCAGAUUCAUUCACUCAAAUCAAACUUCAUUCACAAAUCGAAAUGUCUAACAUGACAAGCUCAACUGGUCCAGCGGGAUCAUCAGGCAGUACAUCAAACUCUUCUCUACAACAGAAUGAUGAUAAGAAUUCAGUAGUCAUCAAAGUCGGAAUGGUAGGAGACUCACAGAUUGGGAAAACUAGUUUAAUGGUUAAAUAUGUCGAAGGUAGUUUUGAUGAAGAUUAUAUUCAAACCCUGGGAGUCAAUUUUAUGGAAAAGACAAUUUCAAUUCGAAACACAGAAAUCACAUUCUCAAUUUGGGAUUUAGGUGGUCAACGAGAGUUUGUGAAUAUGUUACCAUUGGUGUGUAAUGAUGCAGUAGCGAUCUUGUUUAUGUUUGACCUCUCGAGGAAAUCUACUCUCAACUCAAUCAAAGAAUGGUAUCGUCAAGCUCGUGGGUUUAAUAAGACAGCGAUUCCGUUUCUGAUUGGUACCAAAUAUGAUCAUUUCGCUGCAUUCUCAAAAGACGAACAGGAGGAAAUCACACGUCAGUCGAGGAGGUUUGCGAAAGCGAUGAGGGCACCAUUGAUCUUCUGCUCUACAUCCCAUUCUAUCAACGUUCAGAAGAUCUUCAAGAUUGUGCUUUCUAAAGCUUUUGAUCUAAAGUGCACAAUACCCGAAAUCAAUGGAAGUGGAGAACCACUACUGAUCUAUCUCGACGUCUGA